GAGCGGCGGCGGCGCGGGCCGGCGGCAGGGGAAGGAAGGCUGGCGCCCUGCGGCGGGCGCUCGGCGGGCAGGAGGCGGCUGCGCCGGUGGCUCCCCGCGUUCCUGGCGCUCGGCUGCUGGGCGCCCCACGCCAUGUUCUCGGUGCUCUCCUACGGCAGGCUGGUGGCGCGGGCGGUCCUGGGCGGCCUCUCGCAGACGGACUCCCGCGACUACAGCCUGGUGACGGCCAGCUGUGGCUUCGGCAAAGAUUUCCGCAAGGGCAUCCUCAAGAAAGGCAUGUGCUACGGGGAUGACGCCUGUUUCGUGGCGCGGCACCGCACCGCGGAUGUGCUGGGGGUGGCAGAUGGUGUUGGUGGCUGGAGAGACUACGGGGUUGACCCUUCUCAGUUCUCAGGGACUCUCAUGCGGACAUGUGAACGUUUAGUAAAAGAAGGACGGUUUGUUCCAAGCAAUCCUGUUGGAAUUCUCACUGCAGGCUAUUGUGAGCUGCUGCAGAACAAAGUACCUUUGCUUGGGAGCAGCACAGCUUGUAUAGUAGUCCUGGACAGAUCAAGUCAUCGUUUACAUACAGCCAACUUGGGAGAUUCUGGAUUUUUGGUAGUCAGAGGUGGGGAAGUCGUCCAUCGAUCCGACGAGCAGCAGCAUUACUUCAACACUCCCUUCCAACUGUCUAUAGCUCCACCAGAAGCAGAAGGAGUUGUCUUAAGUGACAGCCCCGAGGCUGCUGACAGCACGUCCUUCGAUGUCCAGCUUGGGGACAUCAUCCUGACCGCCACGGACGGACUGUUCGACAACAUGCCUGACUACAUGAUCCUGCAGGAGUUGAAAAAGCUGAAGAACUCCAACUACGAGAGCAUCCAGCAGACUGCACGGAGCAUUGCUGAGCAAGCCCACGAGCUGGCUUAUGACCCCACGUACAUGUCACCCUUUGCACAGUUUGCCUGUGACAACGGAUUGAAUGUCAGAGGGGGGAAACCAGACGACAUCACCGUCCUUCUUUCCAUCGUAGCCGAGUACACAGACUGAGGUCCUGGUGCUGUCCGAGCUGCCCCCGGCCGGUUUCCUGCUGGCAGGAUUGUUCCUUCCUCCCCAGCUGCUCCGGGCAGCCGGCCCUGAGCCCGGAGCCUGGCCCGAGACGCAGCUGAGGCCCUUUCUAAGAACCACUCGUAGCCCACUGGUCUUGGUCUGCCAGCAAGAGAUGAAGAUGCUCAAGGCUUGGAGCUUUUCUUUGAGAGCUUAGUCCUUGUCCGGAGCAGGGGAGGAUCCAUCCCACAGCCUUGCUGUGCUGCCGAUGUGACUUUCCAAGGAGUAGAAUUGGUUGAUCACCUUUCAAACUAGAUCAAUAGGUAACGCCUCCGCACGAGGGCAUAUUACUCUAUUUCCUAGGAACGUUCGCUGUUGUUGAGGGUGUGUUACAGACCCAGUUCCAUAAAGCAUAGUCUUGUUCCAGUGAUAGCCGAGGUUUCGUGUUUCUGAGCUCCGGUUUUCAGGAGAUUUAUAACUGCUGUAAACAUUCUGCUCUUGCCAUCCAUGGUGUCAGCCUUAGGAGCCUUUUCUAGUACGAGAUUUCAAACAAACCUAGUUCAAGUUAUAUGGAUGCAAAUGUGUUUUGUGAUUUCAGGUGCUUAACUGUGAUCUUAAAAGUUCUGCAGAUCAUUCGUCCAUAAUGGGCCUGGUUCUGGAUGUUUUGGCUGUGGAUAAUUAUUAUUUUUUUUUUAAACAAAAAUUCUAGCUCAGUCUCAAACAGCCAAGCUGGCCACACUUAAGGUCUUUCAGCAUUUGAACCCAUCUCAGCGUGGGAUGAUGGUAAAUGCUACGGUGGGAGGUUGCACAAAACAGCUCAUCCUCAAUCCGAGCGUCUUCACUUCGGGUAGAUAAUUCUGUUGUUGAUAUAAAACAUAAUUUGUGUUAAUAAUUGCCACUCUUGCUUGUAGAACAGAAUAUGCUGCACCAGUUUAAGUCCAGUUGAUCCUUUCUGACUCAAACAGGCACCUCUUUGCUUCUGCUGCAGCAGCGGCAGCGAGUACGAAAAUGGAAACUUAAUGAAAAUAAUCAGCAAAGCUUACAUUUCAUUUUAACUAAAGUUUAGGGUUUUCAAUGAUCCUUAAUGAUGUUUACAGUUAUCUAACAGCCACUUUGCAAUAUGACAUUUCCUUUUCAAUGACAGUAGCUCACGUUUGUCCCCCCUUUUCCAGCCAGCUUUCCUUUUCUUUUCCUGAGGCUCAUGUGAAAGCUGAGAGCUGUAAAGAUAUAUAUAUUUUUGGUCAGUUUUUCAUUAACUUUUUUGCUGGUAGAGAAGUAUGUAGAAAUAAAUUAAAGCCAUGUUUUUAUAUAUAAAAAGUCGGGUAAUGUUGCUGUUUAGGUGAGUGCAGUUAAACUUGGUCAGUAAGGAAUCUUACCUGCUCUCAAGAGGAGAUUUUUACUACCUGGUUUAUUGUAUUAAAACUGUUUAAGUUUGAGGUUACCUCAACUUGUUUAAAGAAUUUUUGUGGACUUGUACUGUAUAUUUGCGUAACUAUGUCAAGCUUUUAUUUAAGGUCAUUUAACAUGUACCAUGUACAUGUCAUUUUACUAUAUUUCAGUGCAUCAUGCUUGUAACAGGCAUUUCAUUUAUAAUAAGUGAUUAAUUUGGGAGCUCUUCAGUAAUUUAUCUGCUAUUCCUCAAUUGGCAUAAUGUUAGAUAUCUACUUUAAAUCACCUUGUAAUUACUCGUCAAAAUGCCUUAACUACCCUAACUUGACCAAAAUAGGAUUUUGGUGAGGGUAUGGGGAGGAUUAUAUUAAUGAAGAAAAAUUAAUUAGUUUUGUGACACACAAACAGUGAGUGGUGGAGAACUUUGCACAACCUGUCAGUCCUUGUUUUUAACCUGAACAAGCUGUCUCUGGCUGUCUUGGAGGAAUGUAUUCACAUGCAGAACAGGGCUUUGUUUCUUGUUUGGGAGGGGCUUUUCUCUCCUGACUCUGGGUGUCUUUACAUUUAUCCAGCAUUUACUCUGCACGCUUCUGGAUUAGAGCAGAUUUGAUCAAUUCUUCUUUCCCUUUGCCCUUCCCUUCAGGCGAUGCCCCUGUGGCCCCUGGCUGUCCUCUGCUCUCAGCACAGUCCCCCACUCUCCCUGUUUCCCCUUCCCGGCUUUCCAGACCUUUUCCCGGGGACGUGUGUGGGUCAGAGGGUCUGGAAUUCCCGAAUUCCUGCUCCUCCGGGGCCGGGCGCGCUCCCUGUCUGUAUCCGCAAAUCCGUUUGCCUCAUAUCACACCAUGACCUGUUGGGUUUUUUUAAAUAAAGAACAAAUUUGGGUUUUGAUUUACAAAUCAUGAGUUUUUCCCUCACCGGGCACACCAAAGACCAGUAAAGCUUUUAGCUUUUCCAUCUGUUUAUAAAGCAAUACUGUAUUAUAAAGAAUUGAUAUUUUUAUCACA